AUGCUUUCUGGGGGUAGAAGAGUUGGAACUAACUUAUGCUAUCAUUCAUUGUACAGUACAUCUUCAAAAUCUAAUAAAAUGUUCACUACCGGUUGGUUUUAUGCUACUGAUGUCCCAAAAUCAAAACCUUUAGAAGGUGAUUAUAAAAUGACUAAAGCACCAGCGAGUUAUGUUCAAUUCUCUAAACAUGAUUCUAAAAGACUCGAAGAGUUGUAUCAGAGGUUACAUAAGGAUCAGAAGGUAGUUUUGGGAAAUGCUGAAAGUUUUACUAUCUCUGUCAAUGAGGAUUACUUGUUUGAAGUUGAUUUAAGGGAUAUGGAAUUAAAACCAAUAUACUGGUCUGGUGCAGGUUUUGAAGUUAGAAGGGGGAUAUGGUUUGAUACUAAUGGGAAUCCGUUAUCUAAAGACUUAACGUUAGAAUUAGAACAACAUUAUUCUAAGGUAGAUUUUGAAGGACUAAAAGCUGCAGGGAGUGGUGCUCAUAGAAUUUUUAAUUUAAUCAAAGACUAUAAAGAGGGAAGUCUGAUAUCGUUUAUUGACGAUAAGUCAGCAUUGAUUUUGAAAGAUAUUAAUGGUGGGCAAUUGCAAUUACAGUUUCUGAAAACAUCAUUGGGACAAUCGUUGCCUCUUAAUGUCCAUCGAGUCAUUAGAGGCUAUAAUAAUGUACAAUCUAAGAGUGGAAUUUCAAUAAAUAAAAUCAUGGAAACUAAAGAUCUUGAUAAAGAUCAAGAAACCAAGAGCAAUUUCAUACAGUUUGGAAAUUUUUCUGAAUUAUUGAACUCUGAAUUAACCGAUAUUAUGGGUUUAAAUAGGGGGGAGACAACUUUAAGUGCUGAAGAAUAUGAAAAUAAUAUUUUCAAAAGUGAAAUUGAAAAUGAUUACUCGAAUCCCUCUGGAAAUGAAAAAUCUAACAAAAGAGAUGUUAAACAUCUGAUAUUUUGUGUCCAUGGGAUUGGUCAAACUUUAGGUAAAAGAUAUGAACAAUUCAAUUUCUCCCAUACAGUUAAUCAAUUGCGUAAAAACAUUAAGGCAAUAUAUGACAAAAAUUCAAACUUAAGAGAAGAAAAUAAAAAGAUUGGAUUGAAAGAUUGGGAGACUAAUUGUAAUGUUCAAGUUUUGCCUAUAUCCUGGAGGCAUAGCAUUGGUUUUCAUACUGAUGCUCACAGAAAGUCCAAUAAAGAAGCAAAUUUACCCACUCUAGAAGAUGUUACUGUAAAUGGUAUACUUCCCUUUAGAAAAAUGUUAGGUGAUGUAGGAUUAGACAUUUUAUUAUAUGACGACCCUCAUUAUAAAGAUCGUAUAUUACAUGAACUUCAUCACGAACUUAAUAAUGUUUAUACAAUAUUCAAGAAGAAAAAUCCUAAUUUUGAUGGGCAAGUUCAUAUCGUUGGUCAUUCAUUAGGCAGUUUAAUUUCAUUUGAUGUACUAUCUGACCCUGAACACUAUAAAUUAGAUUUUCAGGUGAAUAACUUUUUUUGUAUUGGAUCUCCAGUUGGUGUCUUUAAAUUAGUUCAAAGAACAAGAAUCGGUAACAACCCCUAUGAGACUAGGAAAGACGUUCUAUCCCAAAUACCAAGUUGUAAGAACUUAUACAAUAUUUUCCAUAUUUGUGAUCCUAUCGCAUACAGAAUGGAGCCAUUAGUUGAACUUUCUAUGGCAGAUUUCGAACAAGAAUAUUUACCACAUUUUGAGGAAUCAGGAAUUGCAUACAAAAUGCUAGAACUAAGUGGCAAUUUCUUGAAAGAGUUUCCAGUUUCAGAGAAGCAAAAAGCUUCCCAUACUAAGGUUACAUUGCCCGUCGAUGUUGUCAUGAAAUUGAAAAAAUUAAACUCCUCUGGGAGAAUCGACUACGCGUUAUCACCAAAUUUAUUAAACGUUGAUAUGAUAUCUGCGAUUAGUUCUCAUGUUUCCUACUUUGAAGAUAUGGAUAUUGCCGGAUUUUUACUAAAAGAAACAAUCGGUGAACGUUCAAACCCAACAGAGAUAGAGGUGAAGCACUUAAACAAAUAG